AUGAGCGUCCCCAUGCUGAAGAUCGGGGCGGUGCUCAGCACCAUGGCCAUGGUGACCAACUGGAUGUCCCAGACUCUGCCCUCUCUGGUGGGACUCAACGGGACCACCAUCUCCGAGGGGGGGACCUCUGAGAGGAUCGUCAGCGCCUUGUACCCGAGCCCGGAGGAGGGCUGGCAGAUCUACAGCUCGGCACAGGACGCAGAUGGGAAGUGUAUCUGCACUGUGGUCGCGCCAGCGCAGAACAUGUGUAACCGCGACCCACGCAGCAGGCAGCUCCGCCAGCUCAUGGAAAAGGUGCAGAACAUCAGCCAGUCCAUGGAGGUGCUGGACCUCCGGACGUACAGGGAUCUGCAGUACGUGAGGAACACCGAGAGCCUGAUGAAGGCGGUGGAUGGAAAGCUGAAGACCGCUUCUGACAAUCCACGCAGUCUGAACGCAAAAGGCUUUCAGGAGUUGAAAGACAAGGUGACCCAGCUGCUCCCCCUGCUGCCGGUGCUUGAGCAGUACAAGACCGACGCCUUGAUGAUCCUACGUCUUCGAGAAGAGGUGAGGAACCUGUCGCUGGUGCUGAUGGCCAUCCAGGAGGAGAUGGGGGCGUAUGACUAUGAGGAGCUCCGCCACAGGGUGCUGCUGCUGGAGACCAGGCUCCACUCUUGCAUGCAGAAACUCGGCUGUGGGAAGCUUACCGGCGUCAGUAAUCCCAUCACAGUGCGCGCAUCCGGGUCAAGGUUCGGCUCCUGGAUGACUGAUACCAUGAUCCCCAGCUCAGACAACCGAGUGUGGUCCAUGGAUGGUUAUUUCAAGGGCCGGCGUGUCUUGGAGUACCGCACCAUGAGCGACUUCAUGAAGGGUCAGAACUUUGUGCAGCACCAGCUGCCCCACCCGUGGGCAGGCACGGGCCACGUGGUCUACAAUGGCUCGCUGUACUACAACAAGUACCAGAGCAACAUCAUCAUCAAGUACCACUUCCGCUCCCGCAGCGUGCUGGUGCAGCGCAGCCUGAGCGGCGCCGGUUACAACAACACCUUCCCCUACUCCUGGGGCGGCUCCUCCGACAUCGACCUCAUGGCGGACGAGAACGGCCUGUGGGCCGUCUACACCACCAUCCCCAACGCCGGCAACAUCGUCAUCAGCCGCCUGGAACCUCAGAGCCUGGAGGUGCUCCAGACGUGGGACACCGGCUUCCCCAAGCGGAGUGCAGGAGAGUCCUUCAUGAUCUGCGGCACGCUGUACGUCACCAACUCCCACCUGGCGGGCGCCAAGAUUUACUUCGCCUAUUACACCAACACGUCCAGCUACGAGUACACGGACAUCCCCUUUCAUAACCAGUACUCCCAUAUCUCCAUGAUGGACUACAACCCCCGGGAGAGGGUCCUCUACACCUGGAACAAUGGACACCAGGUGCUCUACAACGUCACACUUUUCCAGGUCAUUAAGACUACUGGGGACUGAGGGUCGCCCGACCGCCACACUCAGAUAACGCUGUGAUCAUUGUUGGGGGAAGGGUGGAGGGAGGGGCAAGAAGACGGGGUUGGAAAAGUUAUGGGAUAAAGGACAUGGAGAGUGGGUUGGGGGGGGGGUUGACAGAAGUAUGGACUUUUUUAAAAAAAAAGAAAAAAAGUGACAUCUUCAUAGAGUGCUAUUAUUCACAUUCUGAGAAAAAAAGAAACAC